GUUACCGAGCUGAUUAUUGGACAAAAUGGUAUAAUCUCCACUCCGGCGGUCUCCUGUAUGAUCAGAAAGCGCAAAACCAACGGCGGUAUAAUUCUGACAGCAAGCCACAAUCCCGGCGGUCCGCAUGGCGAUUUUGGGAUCAAGUAUAACAUUGAAAACGGCGGUCCGGCCCCCGAAAAUUUAACUGAUGCUAUCUACGAGAUCACCAAAACUAUGUACGAGUAUUCCACAAUCAGUCAGAAAAUGAAUGUUGACUUGAGCCGAAUAGGCACAUCUGAGUACCAAAUUGAAGGCAAUCGGACCUUCAAGGUCAACAUCGUGUCCGGUGUUGACGACUACGUGGAGAUGUGUGAUAGUAUCUUCGACUUCCAACUGAUUAAGAACUUCCUCGCUGGGGCUUACGGCAAUCCGCCAUUUAAAAUCGUUGUGGACGCUCUUCAUGGAGUCACUGGCCCCUAUCUGAAACGAAUCAUUUGUGAGAUCUUUGGAAUGCCUGAGACCGCCACCCGAAACUGUAAUCCAUUGGAGGACUUUGGCGGUCACCAUCCGGAUCCCAACUUAACUUAUGCUGCCGACUUGGUUGACGUCGCGCGCAAGGACCCUACUGUUGGUCUAGCUGCCGCCUUCGAUGGCGAUGGCGACCGCAACAUGAUCAUCGGUCAGGGCGCCUUCUUUGUCACACCCUGUGAUUCGCUGGCAGUCAUUGCAGAUAAUGCUCAGUGCAUCAAGUACUUCCAGGAGAAGGGCGUCCGUGGAUUUGCUCGUAGUAUGCCUACCUCUCCGGCUGUAGAUCGCGUGUGCAAAGCCAAAAAUCUGCCCGUUUUCGAAACUCCUACGGGCUGGAAGUUCUUUGGCAACCUCCUGGACGCAGACAUGGCCUCGGUCUGUGGUGAAGAAAGCUUCGGAACGGGUUCAAACCACAUUCGUGAGAAGGACGGUAUCUGGGCUCUGCUUUCUUGGCUCUCAAUCCUCGCCGAUAGACAGCGACAGGGCAAAAGCUUCCAGGUGGCGGAGGUAGUCAAAGAACACUGGGCAACGUACGGUCGUGAUUUCUUCACCCGGUAG